GUGUGUGUGUGUGUGUGUGUAGGAGGGCACUAGACCUAAUAAAUACUCCUACAUAUCUUGGUUUAAAUCUUUCGGUAAAAAUGUUUUCAAGGCUCUUCUCCUUUCUUCUAGCUCUUCCUUUUUGCUACUCAAACACUGGUGUGAAGAGCAUUACAGUGUAUAGUGGAGGAUUCGCCUUUCUACCAUAUCCUUACAAUUUCACAUACAAUAAGGUCUACCAGAUCAGUGUGAAGUGUGAAAAGGAUGGAAAGAGUUUAUGUAAAUAUUUAACUGACAGUGAUAAAGGUAAAAUAAAUCUCCCUGAAUGUACAACUCAGUUUAAAUUAAAUAAAGAACCUUUAGGGCUGAAUAUAACAGAUGUUGAAAGCAGUGAUGCUGGUAAUUAUACGUGUGUGAUUACCAAAGUACUACCACCACCAACAGAGAACAAAUCUACAACCCUGCUGCUCAAAGUUAUUGAUCCACCAUCUCUCACCCUGGAGCUGAUGAACAGCACUAACUCCUCCUGUGUGGAGCUGCUCUGCUCUCUGCAGGGUUUGAUACCACAGCAGGUGAACUUCACAUGGACCAGAGCAGCUCAACUUCUUCACUAUUAUGAGUCCAACAAUAUGAGCAGCUCCCUGAUGCUCUGCAAGCCGAACUGGACAGAUGGAGAAACACUCACUUGUCGUGCCGAUUACUCAGUCAAUCACACACUCUACAGCAGGAACAUCAAACUCCCAUAUAACUCAGGUUCACCGGUGCAUGUUAUAGUGACUGGGACACUUUUGGGCUUAUUGAUUAGCACUACUUUUUUCGUCGAGAUUUACUACCAAUGUUUCACUGCCCGACGUGGCCGGUCUACUGCUGAUGGGACAGUUGCAACUGAACCUGUCUCUCACACUCAGGUCUAGUCCUUCAACUGUGCAAACUGCUACCAAGAAAGACGUUUUGAUGAGUACUAUUGAAUAAUAUGAGAGAGUACUCCUCCCUGCCAGUAGAGGACACAAUCUCCCUAAUUCUAUAUACUGCACAGUAGAAACCCGUUAAGUUCAGCAACACAUGCUUUGCUAAAGGAAUUAUGAGCCUUGAAGUUCUGCUGAUUUUCUAUGUUGUGCUUAUCUGCAUGCCCAGUUUAUUCUUCAGCGUAUUCUUUAACAUUGUUGUAUUAUGUCUUCUUGUGUUUUCUCUGUUUGAUUUUAUUAGUUUGUAUGCCUCGCCUUCAUAAUAAAGUGCUUCUGAAUUUCACUCUAAUCUCUGAAUCUCUCUCUGAAAGACGGUUUGGAGAUUUGGAAAUAGAUUUACACUUACUUCCCUCAGGUAGCCUUUCUUGAACAAUUACAUCAUAAUUGGACCAGCCUUCUGUCAUCUGCCCACAAUGCAGAGAGAUCUUCAAACUUGCCACAAUGUCCCUUGUUUCCCAUUAUUAUUGCACUCUGAUCUGCCAUUAUCACAAGGUUUCACUACUAAAUUACAUGUUGACUUCCAUCUAUCUGAAGCUCUGGUGAUCAGGAAUAGAUGAUGAGACACCAAAAGACCUGUGAAGUGGUGUGACUGACUACAACAAACAGUGCUUAGAAAAAAUCUUCAAGUAGACAAGACAUGAAGCUUGCAUUCACAGCGAUGGUCUGGUUGUUCACUGGGUAACCUUUACCUGAGGCAAAGUACUUAGAUAAGCUGGUCCAGAAUUAAACCACCUUAAACUACCAUCAUCCUCUAGGCUAGCCCUUACAUGUCACAUGCAGUGUCUGUGCUGAAAAUGUUUGUGGUUGAAGGCGAUAGAAUUGAAUAAGGACAGUAUGUCAAGUUUGUUUUUCUGUCACAAACUUCCUGUGUUCUCAUGAACUUCACUUUGCAACUCCACCCCCGCGUGUAAAGAUU